UUUUGUUGUCUCAGUUAAUGUGUUUCGGUCUAACCACGCGCGCGACUUUCGACGAUUACGCUUACGAUUACGUGGUCACGCUACGCAGAACGUGUGCAUUUGUCACAGACCCGUUGCUAUUCGAUGGUUGUUUAUGGUUUGCCGUCGUCGCCGUCGUAUUCGUCCUGACGUCGUCGACGAUUCUACCGUCGCCGCUUCAUAUCGCUGACGUCGCCGCGAGUUUUUGAACUGUUGCCGUUGCAUUGGAAGUCGGUGAACGGCUUUGCUUUCUAGAGUGACGUACCUCUAGAUGCAUUUCAGUCGACUGUUGACCGGAAAUUCUGUUUUUCGGGUCGGAAUUCGGAUGGCGCGCGUGGAUCGUCGUGCCUGACAACGGGGAAUCGUGGAGAGUAGAGUGAAGUGCAGGACGCCCUCAACAUUCGAACAGAACAGCUCUCGAGAAAGCACACUAGCGUGGGAGACGACACCUGGCUACAAGUUUCAACAACAGUGCUGUAAAGUGUGAAUUCCAGACUGGAAGUUUCCUGCAAUACGAUACAUAGAGUACGAGAACAAAGUGAUUGAUUGCUAGCUUGACAUUGAGCUACCCUACGAGUGAUAAAGUGCAUGUGCUCUAGAAAAGUUUUAGCUCGUGCGGAUACAAAUCGUCGUCGACGUUCGUAGUCGAUGUGCUUGGAAAACAUAAAACCGGUGAUUUAUGGUCAACCAAAUCAGUGGAUUGCUCCGGGGAGAAGAUAGAGAUAGAGAGAUUUACGAAGUCGGGGACGCCAGACUUGAGAAGUGUUACAAUUAAUCACAUCACAUUAGAAGCAACAAAAAGUUUUAACAGUCCUUCAUUAAUCAGCCCGAACAUAGUAUGAAGUUGUGAGAACUCGCGUGAUCUGCGCGCCCCAUACGUUCCUGGUAUACGAUCUGCCGAGCGAAACAAGGAACAGAAUCGAGUUGAAGGAAGGGAAAAAACACAACAAACCGGAGCUGAAAUUAUAAACCGUCGAGUUUGUGCUGAGCAGCGUAAGGCAGAAGUGCUUUCUGCUUCUCCCGAGAUCGCGCGUGGAGAUGGUUUAAAAUUUUAAAUCAGAACUCGUUUCUCAAACUAAUAUAUAUUUUAUAGCCGGCGUACCGCGCACGCCUCCCGGAGACGCCACACCGCCGCGCAGAACUUCGUGAGACUUGACGCGUGAAACUUAUGUGCGCAGAAAAGUGUGAAUAAAUAAAACUGCCAUCAGCCGGGACGACGUUUCGAUGAUGGUUCUCUGUGAGUGAUUCGAAGGCCUCUCCGUUCAGGUGACAGCUACUGAAAAGUGCGAACAAAAAGUUACUUCUGCAACGACGAGUAAUUACAGCGACGCAACGACGCCAUAUAGUCCUCAAAAGUCCAUCAGUUACGACCGUCAUCGGUGUUUCAUUGCCACAGUGCUUUUUUUGAUACAGUGAGAGGUGUGCUUUUAAAGUUCAUUAGGAAGCACCUGGUGGGGCCCUGAGGCCUUCUCUAGGCGGGAAAAUAGUAUCUACUGUUCAGUGGAACUGCAUCAAAUCAAAAGACAAACGGAAGAGAAAAGACAAACAGACCUGCGCGACCAACUGAAGCCUCCAGUUCGGUUGGUCGAUUGGCGAGCGCUUUCCGGUCGUUGUUUGGGUGGUCGCGACAAUGGCAGUAUCCUGCCCGGAAGUUAUGUACGGAGCAUACUACCCAUAUCUUUACGGCCGUGCCGGACCUAGUCGACCAUUCUACCAAUAUGAGCGGUUUAACCAAGAUCUCUACUCGUCAACCGGAGUCCCGCUGGCUGCGUCCUCGAGUACGUCAGCUGGAUCGCACUCCCCAUGUUCACCGCUUCUGCCGCCUUCCCUGUCGUCGAACGUCGUAGCAUCAGCAGCCACCGCUCAGACGUCAACCUUAGCCUCCUCGUCAGCCACCUCCACCUCAAACACCACGAUACCAACGAUACCACUCGGGGCACUCCAGAGGCACAUUACCAAAGAGGAAGACAUCAGUACGGCGCGAAGUGAUACGGAAGGAACCAUUUCGGGAGCGCACAAUGACAGUUCCUGCUCCUCGGGUCCUGAUUCGCCAAAUAACCUGCACCACGACGGAAGCGGUGGUCCGGGAGGAAGCGGAAGUGGGGGACCGGGUGGCAGUGGGAGUCUUGGGGGUGGUGCUGCAAGCAGUGAUGCUUCGGGUGGUGGCGGAGGCCGAGCGCAGUACCUCUCGGCGACGUGCGUCGUGUUUACCCAUUAUUCGGGCGAUUCGGCCAGCGUGGUGGACGAGCACUUCUCGAGGGCGUUAAAUUUUAGUGAUAAAAAUAACAAAGCUGGAUCGAUGAUGGCGAAGGGAGGAAGCCUGGGAGCAAUGCAGUCCCGGAACGACAUGAGAGCUGAACAAAAGGAGCCGCCAUUAAAUCUGACCCAAGGAUGGGUAUAG